AUGCCGACCCUCUCUGCCGUGCCGCACGAGCUCCUCCUCAAGGUCAUCCGCCACGCCCUCACGACCUCGCUCAUCUCUGAGCCUCUCCUCGUCCACGGCCAGUUUGCGCACCUCACGGUCACCUGUCGCACGUGCGCCUACCGCCAGGUCGCGUCCGUCUGCCGCCUGUGGCGCGCCAUCGCGCAGGAGGUGCUCGGCCAGGACGUCACGUUCGCCAAUGGGUGCGGCAGCGCCGAGCGCGACGAGCUCGUCGUCAAAGCCCUCGAGCACGACCCGUGGCGAGCGUCGAACGUCCGGCACGUCGACGUGAGCCUGAGGCGCGCCGCCUGCGGCUGGGGCGCACCUCCUUCCGGCGUCGACGUCGUCGGCGACCAGUCGAGCGAGGCGGCGGUCAUGUCGGGCGGCGACGACGCUUUCAUCAGCAGUCGCGAGGUACAGGCUGAGCGCUGGCACGCGCAAUGCCUCGCUCGCGAGCAACAGCGCUUCGUCCGCCUCCUCGCCCACUGCAGAUGCAUCGAUACGCUCGACAUCGACGUCGGCUUCUUCCAGGACGUCCGCCUGCAGCCGACUCUGCUGCCGGCGACGUUGCGCACCCUCACCCUCCGCAACUGCGACGCCGCCGACACGUUCGCCCUCGUCUCUCGCCUGCCCGAGCUUCGCGACCUCACUCUCCGACUCGCGCUAGACUGGUUCGUCCCGUCGACCCACCUCGCCGAGCCGUCCUCCCUCCCCUCGCUCGAGCGCUUCGAGCUUUCGACGACGGCGUUCGGCGCCACGUCCCUCUCGUCGAUCCUCGCCCUCCUCUCCAACUCGCGCGAGUCGCUCUCGUCGCUCGCGCUCCGCAACAAAGGCGCGAGCCAAGGCGCCCUCGCCGCGUUCCUCCCCGUCGCGUCCGGCCUUAUCGACGAGCUCGCGCCGCGCUUGACCCAGCUCAGCGUGAGGGACAUUCCGCGGUGCGGGCGGCGACACGCAGGGACCGGGCCGGCGACGGGUUGGUUCCCCUCGACGGCGACGCGCUUUCCUCGCCUCGAGCGCCUGCACCUCACGGGCGUCGCGCUUCCCUCUCGAGCUUUCUUCUCGCACACGCUCGUCGUCGGCGAGCCCGAAGCGGCCGGGAGCGCGCAGCCGGCGGCGGCGGCGAGCGGGCUCCGCAGCCUUACGGUCGAGGAUUUCGACGCGCGCUCGCUCGAGCCGCUCCUCGAGGCGCUUCGAGCGACGCCGAGCCUGCAGCGGCUCGAGACGCUCGCGGUCGCGUGUGCGAGGGCGGCCGAGAUGGGUCGAGCUGGCGAGGGAGCAUGGGCGGACGAGCAGGGCGAGGUCGAGAGGUGGUGCGAGGAGAGGGGGACGAAGCUGGUCGCCGGGUGGAAGCUGGUCCGGGUGGAAGGGUGCGGAUGGUAG